UGAUAGAUGAAUGCUUUCAUGAGUGCAAACACACACACACACACACACAAACACACACAUACUCAGAGAUCAAACUCUAUGCCUGCAUGAUAACCAGGAUUUCAUAAGGCUUAUACAGCUAAAGCAGCUUUAUUGUAUUGGAAUCAAUCUGACAAUUAACAACAGAUAGGUAGUUACUAAUGAGCUGAAAGGAUUAAUCAAUUAAUCGAUUAGUCGAUCAACAGAAGAUGAAUCGGCAACAGUUAAGAUAAUGAUCUGAUCCGAUCUUUAAGUAAUUGUAUAAGCAAAAUGCCAACAAUUCAUUAGUUGUAGCUUCUUAGGAGUGAAUAUUUCAGCCCAGUUUAGUUUAGUGAACUAUAGUUGUAAACUUGAUACUUUUGGGUUUUGAAUGGUUGGUUCAGAUGAAAUAAGAAAUUCAACUCACCUCAGUUUGGGUUCUGGGAAACUGUAACAAGCAUUUUCCUCCAUUUUAUACAUUUUAUAGGCCAAACCAUUCAUCUAUUACUGGAGAAAGAGAUUAAACAGAUUAGUACAUUAUGAAAAUAAACUAGUUAGCUCUGUAUAACUUUAAACUAAAGUUGAAUUCAAACCCUUCCGUCCUCAUGAUUGGCUCCUUUUCUGGCAGGAACUUUUAGAGGUAUCAUAGCUCUUAGUUCAGACUCACCCACAAUCCAUAACCUCAAGAGUUUCCGUCCAUCCACACGCUUUGGCUUUUGGCCCAUUUGGACCAGGUGCUGUGAGACCCUGAGGGGAUUAUUGGGCUGUAGGUCAUGUGACGGGGGAUUAGUGGUUCCCUACCGCAGUCAUGGGUUGGCUGACCAGGAGCUCCAUGUUCUCAUUCUGCAAUCAUGCUGAGCAACUUCAACACCAGAGACCUUUUCAACCAUUUCUUCUGUGAGACCGCCAAAGGCAACCCUGGCCUGUGGUGUCCCGGGACGCGGUGUCAGCAGACGAGCGUGGAAGGUCCUCGGUGUGAGAGCGGGGAUGAGCGAGCGAUGGUGACCAGCCCUCCCAGGUCUCCCAGCUCCCCACAGACAGACCUAAGGGACCGCACACCCUCUCCUCCCUCCGGACCUAAUAACACCAGCGGCAAUGGGCCCAUGUGGACAGACGACGCUGGGCUGGACAACCCUGCCUUUGAGGAGAGCACGGAGGAAGACAGUGUGGUCGGGCUGGAGUGUGUGGUCCCCAGGGUGAAGCGGCCCCUCAGUAAUCCGUGCAUCCACCUCCUCCGCUCUGUCAGCUCCACCUCCUCCGGCUGGGACUGCCCUGAGUCUCCGCCUCUCUCUGCUGAAGAGGGCUGUGUGAAGUUGCCCUCGCUUCCUGAAGGAGAGAUAACUGCCAUAGAGGUCCACCGGGCGAACCCGUAUGUUGAGCUGGGCAUCAGCGUCGUUGGGGGAAACGAGACGCCUCUCAUCAACAUCGUGAUCCAGGAAGUGUACAGAGACGGGGUCAUUGCACGAGACGGGAGGCUGCUCGCCGGGGAUCAGAUAUUACAGGUGAACAAUGUGGACAUCAGUAACGUCCCCCACAGUUUUGCCCGCUCUACACUGGGACGCCCCUGCACCACUUUGCAGCUGACUGUGCUUAGGGAGCGUCGUUGUGCCUCGCGGGCACCUCCCUCCUCUUCCUCCUCUACCCCGGCUGUGCCCCAUGCUCCCUGCUCCACCCCUGAGGGCACCCCAUCCAGCCCCGCCACACUGAGAAUCACCCUACACAAGCGGGACUCAACAGAGCAGCUCGGCAUCAAGCUGGUGCGGCGAACAGAUGAGUCAGGAGUGUUUGUGUUGGAUCUGCUAGAGGGAGGCCUGGCAGCGAAGGACGGCAGACUGCGGAGCAACGACCGUGUGUUGGCAGUCAACGAACAGGACUUACGCCACGGCACCCCGGAGCAAGCUGCACAGAUCAUACAGGCGAGUGGGGAGCGAGUCCACCUGCUGAUUGGACGACCCAACAAACCAACACCUCCUCCACCGCCAAAAUCAAGCUCCACCAGAGACCUCUACUGCCUUGAUCACUUCCUGCCUAACCACAGCUCUACCCCGAGUCCUGUGCCCAUACACCUCUCCCGCACCAGCACUCACAGAGACCUUUCCCAGUGUGUGUCCUGUAAGGAGAAGCACAUCACUGUGAAGAAGGAACCCCUCGAGUCUCUGGGCAUGACUGUUGCGGGAGGUCGCGGCAGCAAAAGCGGGGAGCUGCCAAUCUUUGUGACCAGCGUCCAACCACACGGCUGCUUGUCGAGGGACGGACGAAUCAAACGAGGUGACGUCUUGCUGAGUAUCAAUGGGCAGGACCUAACGUACCUCAGUCACAGUGAGGCUGUGGGCACCCUGAAGGCCAGUGCUGCCUCGCCCUCGGUGCAGCUGCGGGUGCUGGAGGUCAGCAUGGUGGAAGAGCACGACCAUGACGAGCUGCUGCCUCACACACAUGACAGUGACUUUGAUGCCAACUGGUCCCCCUCGUGGGUCAUGUGGCUGGGCUUACCCAGCUACCUGCACAGUAGUCAUGAGAUUGUACUGCGGAGGAGCCAUCCGGGCAGCUGGGGUUUCAGCAUCGUCGGGGGAUAUGAGGAAAGCCACGGCAACCAGGCGUUCUUCAUCAAGACCAUCGUCCUUGGCACACCUGCGUACUACGAUGGCCGCCUCAAGUGUGGUGACAUGAUUGUGGCAGUCAACGGCCUGUCGACAGCAGGAAUGAGCCACUCAGCGCUGGUGCCUAUGCUGAAGGAGCAGCGCAGCCGGGUGGCGCUUACUGUGGUCUCCUGGCCCGGCAGCCUGGUAUAGCUGGGCCAGAUCAUAAGCAGGCUGCACACCACACUGAGUCCACCCAGAACGUUCUAUAUUGGGAACAACCUUGGCCAAAGUGAACUGGUACACGCUACUGUACAUCGCUCCAUACCGGGCUUAAUCCAGGACCAAAAGCAUUCAGAACUGUAGACCCAGCAGGACCAAGCCUGUCCUGACCAGGUGGGAACUGAUCCAGAUCGUGCCACGUCACUCGACAGACUGCACUCACAAACACACUGCUGAGAUCAUAUGGUCAUGUUGUCUUCACUCCCACAGGGAGAAAUGGUACUGCAACUGUUAACAGGCGAUCUGUGCUGUAUUCACCUCACAAGGCAGUUGUAGAAUCCAGGGCUGUAUUCAGGUGGAUGCAUCGUUGCAGGUAGAGAUAGAAUAUUUAAAAAAAAUAUUAAAAAAAGUAGCCUGUGAUCCUCUGUCAUCUAGGAUAAUGACCUGUAAUCACUCUAGUCAAGAUUUUCUGCGACACCAGCGCUGUAUCCAGCUGAAUAAGCCUCAGGCCUUAUUAGAAACCUGCCGCACCCUGGGGGCUCAACUGCCCUUAGGCCUCAUCACCAUGACAACCAGCUGUCCCAUCAGCUGGAGUUUUAUACAUGUGUGUGAAUGUGUGUACUGUUUGUUUAAUAAACAUUUCCUUCAGAGGA